AUGCAUGAGUUUCCACAGGCCAUUACAGUAGAAAUCUUCAUUUUGAGAGAUCAGGAAGAGCUCGACUUGCGUGAUGACCUCUGCGUCGUCCCAAAAAUGUUUCCCGCGCAGUGUGCUCAUCAUGCGAGGGAACAAGAAGAAGUCACUUGGUGGGAGGUCAGGUUCCUUGUCUUUGACGUCCCUGGAGCAGUACCAGAUACUGCAAGGCGGACUGCAUUCCUGCCGGCAGUGCGCCUAUGUUCAACAGUGCCUUUGCAAGUCCUUAACGCCUGUCCGAACAGGUCAUCAGCUUUAAACAUUGCCAGAUCCUUCUCUUCGGCGUCCCAACAGCAGUACCAUUCACUUGUGUCCGUACAAGGCGAACUGCAUUCCUGCCGGCAGUGCACCUAUGUGACCAAGGAGAAGGGAAACAUGAAAAGACACCUUCGCAAACACACGAGCGAGCGCCCCUUCCAGUGCCACCUGUGCCCAGCUGCAUUCUCUCGGAACACUCAUCUCAAAGAGCACAUUCGCACCCACACAGGAGAGCGUCCCUUUUGCUGUGACAACUGCAGUGCAUCCUUUUUGCAGAAACAUCACCUCAACGUCCACAUGCGCACCCACACGGGGGAGCGCCCGUUUUCCUGUGACCACUGCAGUGCAUCAUUUUCGCUUAAACAGAGCCUCAACGACCACAUGCGCACCCACACGGGAGAGCGUCCCUUUUCCUGUGACCACUGCAAUGCAUGCUUUACACGAAAACAGACCCUCAUCCGCCACAUGGGCCGUUGUCUUGCAUGCACGAAGCUCUGUUCCUCGUCUCCGGUGUCCGAGGAGCAGUACUGUUCACUUGUGUCCGUAGAAGGCGCACUGCAUUCCUGCCGGCAGUGCACUUACGUGACCAACUACAGGAGCAAGAUGAAAAGGCAUCUUUGCAAGCACACGGGCGAGCGCUCCUUCCAGUGCCACUUGUGCCCAGCUGCAUUCUCUCAGAAAUCUGAUCUCACAGGGCACAUUCGCACCCACACAGGAGAGCGUCCCUUUUCCUGUGACAACUGCAGUGCAUCCUUUUCGCAGAAACAUCACCUCAACACCCACAUGCGCACCCACACGGGGGAGCGCCCCUUUUCCUGUGACAACUGCAGUGCAUCUUUUUCGCGGAGAGAUAUCCUCAACGACCACAUGCGCACCCACACGGGGGAGCGCCCCUUUUCCUGUGACCACUGCAGUGCAUUCUUUUCGCAUAAACAGAGCCUCAACGACCACAUGCUCACCCACACAGAGGAAUGCCCCUUUUCCUGUGACCACUGCAAUGCAUGCUUUACGCGAAAACAGAACCUCAUCCGCCACAUGCGCCGCUGUCUUGCAUGUUCCCUGUCUUCGGCAUCCCAGGAGCAGUACCAUUCACUUGUGUCCGUACAAGGCAAACUGCAUUCCUGUCGUCAGUGCACCUACGUGACAAAGGACAGGAGAAACAUCAAAAGACACCUUCGCAAACACACGGGCGAGCGCCCCUUCCAGUGCCACCUGUGCCCAGCUGCAUUCUCUCAGAGCAAUACUCUUACAGGGCACAUUCGCACCCACACAGGAGAGCGUCCCUUUUCCUGUGACAACUGCAGUGCAUCCUUCUCACGGAAAAACAGCCUCGAUGACCACAUGUCUCGUCAUCAAGCAAAGAAGGUGCCUUAA